CGCUCUCUUCCCCGCCUACAUCUCCACCCGCCGUCCUGAUUCGAUUCAAUUGCAUUGCGUUGCACUCUCCCCCCGUCGGAGCUCGCCGGCCAUUGUUCUACCACGCAACACGCACCCAAACAAGCAAAUCUGUCCCUUUUGCACCUGAAGAACCCGAGCGGCCUGUACUGCGUUGCAUGAGGUUUGCCGUUGACCAUCAUCAUCAUGUCUACCGAAAGCUCCCCCAGCGAUGCCGUCCUCAAAGAGAUACUCGACGGGCUCAAGGCUCUCCGUGCGGAGAACUCUGUACUUGCAGCUUCUGUCGAUAAGAUCAAUGGGCGCGUGAACAUGCUGGCCGGCAUCAAGCAAAUCAAGGAUGAAGCUGCAAGUGAAGCUGCCAAUGGCACAUUGACGGCCGAAAAGGCGUCUGAAGCCGACGCGGGCAAGAGCGUAGAAGCCGUCAGCGAGCAGUAUGAACAGCCUCCUUCAAAUGCAGACGCCGAGCCCCGUCGUACCAGUGUCUCGAAGAUCUCAAAGAUCAUCCUGACGUCGUAUCCGGGCCAGGCGGGCGUCGACCCCUUGCCCAUGGAGUGGGGUGCCAAAGACCCUGCUGUCCGUGGUCCCGUGGUUGUGUCUAGACAUCCAAACACGAUCCGAAGGCGCAAUGCGAUUGGCGCCCACGGAGGCUCGUACUCCAUCUACAAUGCCCUUGCCGUGGCAAGCAAGAACCUCGACAUCACCCACAAGCCAGACUUUACCAACACGGAGCCAGCCGCCAAGAUUGGCCCGUUCCCGCAAUGGAGCGACAGGAAGAAGAUUGUGGCUAUGGAUCCAUAUGGUCAUCUUGCACCAUGGCUGUACAAGGAUAUCAUGGACAAGGACGAUGUGGAGAUUAGGCCUACCAUUGCCAUUACGAGAGCCCACAUGAAGGUGCCAGAGCUCGAGGAUAGCGUGAAAAAGGGUCGUCUCGUACCUGAUGGCAAGAUCUGCAUCAACGAGACGGGCGAGAUUGCCGUCACAAAGGUCGCCGUUGAGCCGGUAUGGUAUCUUCCUGGAGUAGCUGAGCGGUUCAACAUUGACGAGGGAACUCUCCGUCGGACACUGUUUGAGGAGACUGGCGGAUCCUACCCUGAGCUCAUCACCCGCCACGACAUCAAGCUCUUCCUGCCCCCGAUUGGCGGUCUGACCGUCUACAUCUUUGGUGACCCAGCAAAGAUGUCUGAUCCCAAUGCUAAGCUUGCUCUGCGCAUCCACGACGAGUGCAACGGCAGCGACGUGUUCGGUUCUGAUAUCUGUACCUGCCGCCCUUAUCUUACGUUUGGUAUUGAAGAAGCGGUCAAAGAGGCCCAGCGAGGUGGAAGCGGUGUCGUUAUCUACUUCCGCAAGGAAGGUCGUGCCCUGGGUGAAGUGACCAAGUACCUCGUGUACAAUGCCAGGAAGCGAGGCGAAGACCGUGCGAGCGAGUACUUCAAGCGCACUGAGAACAUUGCCGGUGUCAAGGACAUGCGGUUCCAGGCUCUUAUGCCCGACAUCCUGCACUGGCUUGGCAUCACCAAGAUUGACAGGAUGCUGAGCAUGUCCAACAUGAAGCACGAUGCCAUUGUCGAGCAGGGCAUUCCUAUCCACGAGCGCAUCCCGAUCCCCGACGACAUGAUUCCUGCUGAUAGUCGUGUCGAGAUUGACGCCAAGAUCCAGGCUGGCUACUUUACAACGGGACAUGUCAUGUCGAUGGAUGAGCUGGCAAAUGUACGAGGUCGCGGCUGGGAAGAUAUCGACAUUGGUAACACAUCAGUUGCCAGUCUUGUGCAGGCAUCCAUCGUUGCAUUGGCAUUUGAUAUUCGUAUUCUCUCUCCCUCCUUCGUUUCUCUUUUUGUCCCGCAGUAG